UUUUUCAGUGCUCUCUUGGGCAGGAGGUUGGCAGACCAACAAUCGACUCCUGCCAAACCUUGCACUGUGGGUAGACAGUAGGCGGUAGGUCGCGCUGAGCGCAAGUACUGGAGCUAGCAGCAGCGGUAAACAAGAGAGUAGAACUGAGAACCCUUUGCCGGUUUUUGAUAUAUUCACCGCAUCUUUCUCUAUUGUGAACGGGUUUGAGAGAGCCAGGGGGAGAGGGCAAAGCCGCUGGCUAGAGAUGGAUCAAAGGAAGAGGGCUCCGAGCGGGAGGAGCGAGCCGCCUGAAGCCGGAGGAGGCGAGACCUUUGUUGAAGCACCGGCCCCGACGGUUCCUGUGGAGGUGCUCGACACGGUGUUCGAGUUUCUGGACGGGAACGGGCUGCUGUCAUGCGAGGCCGUCUCGUACUGCUGGCGGCGUGCCACCGAUCGGACACACUUGUGGCAGCGGGCGUGCAUGUGUGCUUUCCCCCACCUGCGGGACUACUACUUUAGCCGGUCGCCAUACACGUGCUGCAGCGCGUACGAGGGGGACUACAGAGAAACAUUCCUCGACGGCAACCGAGGUAACCGCUCCACGGUCUUGGACUGGAACAUGGAGGCGGUAACGGGGGGCGCCGCGGACGGGGCUGACGGAAUGGAGGGGGGCGACCCCGAACAGGCGAGUGAGGGAUGGGCGGUGUCGGAGCGGAGAUACUUCCCCCCGUUCUCCCUCUGCGGCUACCUGUUCAUGCUGCUCGCCGACCCGACCGGCAACCCCCGCGCCGCCAGCCAGGCGCAGGCGGCCGGCGCGCCUCCCGCCGAGAAGGGCCUGUCCGUCUACCUCACCGUGGCCUUCCACGACGACCCCCCGGACACUCCUCCCUGGGGGGUGGGGGGGGGAGGGGGCGGCGGCGGAGCGUCCUUCGAGGGAUUUCCGCCGCCUCCGCAGCACCUGUUGGUUGGCCAACCGUGGGGAGCCGAGGAGGAAGGGGGGGUGCGAGCGGAGACCAACAGCGAUCCGCACGGGUUGCGUCGCAGGAGGCGGCGCGCGCGGACCCGCGAGGGCAGGGCGGCCAUCGUGUCGCACGCGGGGGAGCCCGCGGCCAUUGCGCGCGAGUGCUGCGCAGCUUUCUCCCUGGCGGCGGUGAACACCGAGGGGGACAAGGGCGUGGUGUGGGUAUCGUCGAUGGAGGGGGACAGGUUCUGGCAUGGCAGGCGCAGCUGGGGGGUGCACUGCCUGAUCCCUAUGGGCAAGGUGCAGGACCCGGAGCAAGGUUUUGUGAAGGACGGAAGGCUCACGGUGCGGCUUCGCGCCCGGCUUCUCUUCCUCUUCCUGCACGUCUACACCACGGCCGACCUCGCUUCCCACCGUGGCUUUGGAGUCGUACCGGUUCGCGGUAGGGACCGGCGGUUUCACUUCUACGGCAACGAUGGGGUCGAGCAGGAGGAAGGACAAGAAACUUCCCGGAACCAUCCUCGCGACCCCCCCCCCGCCGCGGCCACCUGUUCUGACGGGCGUUCCUCUCCUGGGGAGAAGAACCGCAACACCAGCACGCCCGCAAAGGGCGGCGGUCCCUUGCCGUGCAUCACGUUCGAGGUGCUCCGGUGCAGCACCCUCGAGGAGGUGGAGGGCUUGAUCGCGCGGACGCUCGGAGUGGAGCGGGAGGGGAUCCGGCUCUGGGUGAUAUCGCAGCCGUUCACGGACGGUCCGCUGGCGCCGCGACAGCUGCUCAGCGGGAAAGGCUUGCCGGCGCGAUUCUUAGACGACGGCCAGAACUCGCCAAGCCUGUUCCGGCUUCUUAGUGGUGAUGCCGUGGACGAGACAUGCAGGGUGCGUCUCUGGGUAGAGCAGCGUGGCGACGGGGGGUUCUGGGAGAAGGAGGGCGGGAGGGACGUGACCCAUCUCUCGCGCGUCUGGCCGCAGCAGCGGCAGACGGACAAGAUGGGGGCGCCCGUCGAGCCAUCGUCCGACGGCAGGAGAUUCAGCGAUGAUGGCGGCAGCGGCGCAGGAGAUGCCGAUGGAUCUCGGUUGUCACCGUCACCCUCAACUCAACCAGACCCCAAGGACAACUACGCCGGCGUGAGGCUUACCUGCACGGCGGACGUUUACCCGUUUCACCAGCAGUCGACGUUGGCCUGGGAAUCGGCUAGCGACGAAAGCGCGCCGCCUACCGCCGGCUCACCGGUUUCCGAGGGUGAUGAUGCCGGUGACGAGGACGGCGCAGCCGCCGAUGGCGCAAGCGGGAAUGGACAAAGAAUGCCGCCAGAAGAGCGCAUCCUAGUUUUCGUCAAGACUCUGGGGCUGGGCACGGAAGAAUCACAAUCAGUAGCGGGGACAUGGAGAGGCGGUGACGCCAACCACUGCGGUGGCGGGGCGGCGGCCGCGCCGCCCCCCCCCCCAACGGCGGCCGAGCUCGACACGGCCCUGGCACCAGAAGACCUCGAGGCGUACGUCGAGGACCUGCCCUGGGUCUGGCAGAGCGCGGUAGUGGCUACCGACCCGGAGAUACACAACGCGGAGACGGCGGAGCCGUCGGGAGGAAGGACCGCCGCAGUCAGGCAUGGUGCCUCCCAGAACGAGCGCUUCUUCGCGUGCCCGCCCCCGCCGACCUCUCCGGGAGGACCGCACCCGAGCCCGGGAGGAGGUGUCGCCGCCAUGGCGGCAGCGGCGGCGGCAGCGGCGGCGGCGGUCUUGGCGGUGGCCGGGCAACGAGAGCAAGGCGACGGCGACGUCGGGGUGACCCUGGAGCGGGCCGGCCUGUCGUCCGGCGCAUCGAUCUGCUUCUUCCGCGCCGGGGACCGUUCCGCCGUGAGGCGGACGUACAACGCGGCCGUCGAGAGUCUCGUGGAGGAGAUGAACAUGCUGCUGAGGGGGGAGGGGCCGCUAGGGCGCGUCCAUCUCAUUAAGCUGGCGGAAGUGGUAGAGAUUUGCGAAUCUCUAGGGUACCAGGGGUUCAGGCCACGUAUCGCACACGACCAACAGCGGCACGUGAACCCAAGGGAAACGUUGGAGUACAUCGCUCAAGGAAGACAGCUCGCGUUCAUUUGCGACUCAUGUGGCACGCAAGACUUCACGGGUCCCCGGUACCACUGCCUGGCGUGCCCGGACUACGACCUUUGCCAGCGGUGCAACGCUAAGAAGGAGCCGGCUCCGCGCCAUCGCUACCUCUUCGCCAACGGCCAGUGGAAGAGAGAAGCCGGCUUCCAGGGGCACACCGACGACCACGAGCUGGAGGAAAUAUUCACGGUCCCGGCCGAAUGCUGUAACUGGCAAAGAACGUCUUGGUCUUCCGACUGAGAUUCGCGCGCUGGGUUCAAAUGUUUCUUAGAAAAUGUAGAGAAAAAGUACGCGUUCAAGAUAUAUAGAACCAGUUUUUUUUUUUUAUCUAGGCAUUUGAGGUUUGGCGUACGGGAGGGGGGCCCGCGGUCUGACGUGUUGAUCGCCGUGCCGUUGUCUGCGGGCUUACGCACCGCUACGGUGGUACGAACCCGCGGUAAAGAAAUGUCGAUGUGUGCUCAAGGCUUAAGUCUUAUGUACCUCGCCGCUGCCCAGAACAUGUAGUGUACAUGGUAUCAUUAGUGAAGGAUGCGCCUCCAGUUUGUGUUUUAUCGUAGUAUUCUGCUGUUUACUUGGAAGUUGUUUCGUACCCAUGGUAUGCAUACAGCAUAUUGGCCUGCCGUUUAACAAUAACAAUUUAUGUUGUGUUCAUGAAAAUUCGAGCCUAACUUUCUUGACGUUGGCUGGCCCGUACAGAUGUAUUGGACUGCCAAACAGCCGGGUGUCCCGCUUUUUUGCAUGAUGGAUUUGUACAAUACCGUAGUGCUUUACAGUGCUUCCUCUCUGUGGACACGGUAUUCUAUAUUUGUUCGAGAGAAGGUGCAAAUGGUCUCGCUGUGGUACUGUAGUUGACAGCCACUCAACCGUAGGAUAAGACCACAUGCGUUGCGUCUCGCCUCACGGACAUGGCAAAGCAAAACAUCGUUAUUCCUUCAAUUUUUGCCUUCGUCUACCAUUGUUUUCCCCUUUUGUAGAGUGAACGAAAAACUUGUCCGAUCAUUGCGGAGGCGGAGGCUGUUUGCCCCGGACAGGCAAAGGGUUAAGGACACCGUCAC